AUCUUAAUCGAUCGCAAUUCGCAACCAUCUCAGUUUCCAAAUCUCCGAGAUCGAGAGAAUAUUCGCCAUGGGAGGAGGAAGAGUCAUGACGACGGCAGCGAAGGUGGCCGGGAUCGGAGUCGGCAAAGCAGGAUUCAGGGGAGGAUUCGGGUUCCCGGCGGCGGUGGCGCCUCCGGCAAAUGAUCAGUUUGUGGUCAGAAACGCCGUCGGAACUAAACCGGUUUCGGCCUCGAUUUCGACGGUGGUUCAAACUUCCGCCGAGGAAGACGCGAUGAACAUGCAUAAACCGGUUUGGGACGAUUGGGAAUUCGCCGAAGAGGAGCCGACGAUUCCUAGGGUUGUUUUCAGCAAACCUCCUAGUCUCCAGGAGGCUAAAGAAGCCACCGAAGAUUUGAAAGAAGCAAUCAAUUUGGUGUAUAUUGAAGGGUCAAAUGAAGGUGGUUCUGUUUCGAAAAUGCUCUCAAGUUUCCAAGCUUCUGAGAACAGAGCUGUUGAAUCAGCUGUUCCACAGGUUGCUCUUCAGGCUUUUGCUUUUCUCAGUGAAAACGCAGCUGCGCAGUCUGUUGUUGCUUCCAUUGCGUCUGACCCAAAGGUGUGGGAUGCUGUAAUGGAAAACAAGGACCUAAUGAAAUUUCUUGAGACCAACAACACCGUUGGUUCGUCUCAGGUUGAGACUGACAAUGACGAGAAAUCUGAGGAUUCGAGCACGACUGAGAGUGAAGACAGUGAAGCAAAGCCAAUCGAACUGUUGGAGAUUCUGCGAGACAUGAAGCUAAAAGCUCUUCGAUUGAUGGAAAAUGUGUCUUCUUACUUUGGGGGUUUGUUCCGGUCAGAAUCUUUUACAGAGGAUGGAAAAGAGAAGAAGCAGACGCUUUACAACGACCCUCGUUCUCUGUUUGGAUUAGCUGUUUGCGUCAUCUUCAUGGUAGUUCUGAAACGUGCUUAAAUUCCCAGUUUUUAUAAAUUUGCCGAUACAGCAAAGACCAAAACAACUACUGUGUACUUCGUUAUCGUUUAAGCUACUUCGUUCUAGUUUAAGCUUUUUUCUUCUUCUUUUUUUCUUUUUGGUUUGGGAUGAUUUGGAACUAUCUUGGAUCUUUCCAUUAUUAUAAAUAAAAAGAUCCAUCCUUUUGGUUGUUUU